AUGGACCACAAGCUCUUACCCCUCUUACCAAAACAAUGCACAUCGUGCGUGCCUUCUUUGCUGCUUUGGCUGACUCGUAACAUAAUAUCAGCUCUCCCAGUCCCGGUGCGUCUCAAGAACUCGACCGAGGGAAGCGGCGGAUUCCGCGAACGGCCCCGAGUUAUGGCCCCACAAAACGUCAAGCGAAAAUCAUCAAUGUUCAAAUCG